AUGUCAAGCAAGACAUGGUCAGAUUCACGACGACCAUUGGCAUCCCAUUCAACGCCAACACACAUUGCGGAGCAUAAUCAACAGCAAUUCAUACAAGAUCAACUUCAUAUUGGUGAUAGAGUUCAGGUCAACUCGCAUCAUGGCAUAGUACGAUUUAUUGGCGCUACAAAGUUCAAGGCAGGUACUUGGGCUGGUAUUGAAUUAGACACUGUUGGUUUAGGCAAAAAUGAUGGGUCUGUUGAUGGUAAACGCUACUUUGUUUGUCCUCCCAAGACAGGAUUAUUCAUAUUAGCUAUCAAAGUCAUCAAGCAACAACAGCAUUUGCAUCUGAUCAAUAGACCGUCUACACCACAUCAUCAACUCAAAUCAAAAAAGCCUCCUUCUUUCACAAUCGAUGCACCUCCUCCUUUACCAACUAAAGUCAAUCACAAUAUUGAUCUAAUAUCCAGAAUCAAAGCACUGGAGCAAGAGAACAGCGAAUUGAAACAAGCCGCCUCCUUGAUGGAAAAGAAGAAGAAUGAGCAUAUCGAGCAGUUGGAAGACACCAUUGUGCAGAUCAAAAAGGCUAGCAUGGAUAGCAUAGAGAUAUUAGAAGAUAUUCAUAGCCAGAAAAUACAGCAAAUGACAGCAACAUUAGACGACGAAAAAAGAAAAGUGCAGGAUCUGCUGCUAGAGCAAAAUGAUCUACGAAAAGCCGGUUUAGAAGCCAUUGAAUCGUACGAAGCAACACUGUCAGGAUUGGAAAAGAGCACAUCCAAGUCCAGGCAACUCUGGGAUUUGGAGCGCAAAAAGAUGCAAGAGGAGCAAAACGCCAUGAUGAAAUCACAUCACGAUCAGGUCAAAUUGCUAUUACACGACAUAGACACUUUAGAGAUGGUGCUACAAGAUAAAAUGUCCAAAGAGAUCGAUCUUGUGGAAUCGCUCAGAAAAGAACGGCAAAACAACAGCUUACUGGCCACUGAACUCAAAGGCAUCAAGUUCCAAAUGAAGAGCAACAACAAUGCGACACACAUCAUCACUGAUAUCAGUCAUCGAUGGUCCUUUAGAGACAAAUUAGACACGCCUAUACCCGAAGAAGAUGAGGAGGAGGAACAGGAAGAAGACUUGUUUGAUGACAACAUCAUGUCCAUUUGCGCUCUCUGCGAACAGAAAGGACACCAUCUCAUCCAUUGCCAUAUCUUAUCCAACCAGCAGCAACGACAGCAUCUUAUUUAA